AAACAGAAGAAAAACAAACCCUUUGUGCCGGGUGUCGUCUGUCUCUCUUCAUCGCUUCUUAAAAAAAAAAAAAAUGGGAAAAAGGAAAAAGAAAGAAAGAAAAUUCAACUCAGCCUGCCUUUCUUCCUUCCUUCCUCGUCCAAACGAACGAAAAACCAAACUGAAUCCAUGUCCAUGUCCAUGUUUUGGUGUCUUGUCUUGUCUUAUUAUUAUUAUUUUUGAAUUAAAUCAAUAAUCUAAAUUCUCCGAUUGAUUGAUUUCCACCUUCGUCCUUCGUUCUUUAAAAAAACUAAAAUUAAAAUUAAAAAAAAAAAUCGAAUUUGUCGAGCGAUUGGACGAUCAGUUAUCGAGUUCCAAUUCGAAGGUUAAAGCUUCGCUUUGCUUGCGAUCUCUCUCCCUCUCUCCCUCAAUUUCAGUUGGAGAGCAUGAUAAUUACAAGUAGUAGUAGUAGUAGUAAAAGUAAUAGUCAGUUAUUGGUGUAAAAAAAAUGGAGAAGGAGAUGAAUGUGCAAGCGCAUCUGUCCGGGCAAAUCUCCGGGCAGGUUCAGAAUCAGUUACAGCCCCAGCAAAAUGGGAAUCAACAGAUGCAGAAUUUAUCAGCUCCUACCACUGGAGGUGUUGCUGCUGCCGGUGCUCAUUCUGUUAAUGUGUACAAUGCUGAACCUGAGCUUCAUGGAUAUCGCAUGUUUAUGCAACAAAAAAUAUUUUCAAUUAUAUCGCAGAAGCAGUCUGAUCAACAGAAACAAAAGUUUAAGGAAUUCGCCAAAAUAUUAGAGGAGGGUCUAUUUAAAGCUGCUCAGACAAAGGAUGAUUAUUUGAACAUGAAUACCCUAGAGAGUCGUCUGAGUAGUCUGCUCAAGCGCCCCUCUGCGAAUAGUCAAAACCAACAGCAUCCACAGCUUGUUAAUUCUUCCUCAUCCCUUGGUACCAUGAUACCAACUCCUGGUAUGUCAAAUAGUGGGAAUUCGAAUAUGAUGACUUCUUCUGUAGAUACCAUGAUGAUCUCUUCCAGUGGAUGUGAUAGCAUAGCACCUAUAGCUGCCAACACAGGGGGCCUGUUGCCAUCUAGUGGCAUGCACAAUGGUUCCUUUGGUAGACCAGAUGGAAAUCUGUCUAAUGGCUAUCAGCAGUCACCCGCCAAUUUUUCCAUCAGUUCUGGUGGAAAUAUGUCAUCUAUGGGUGUGCAAAGAAUGGAAAGCCAAAUGAUUCCAACUCCUGGAUUUAGCAAUAACAACAACAACAAUCAGUCUUACAUGAAUGUGGAAUCUUCUAAUAUCAGUGGUGGUUUUUCGACUGCUGACUCUGCCAUGGUAUCACAGACACAGCAGCCAAAGCAGUACAUUGGCGGCCAGAACAGUCGCAUACUGGUGAAUUUUGGCAGCCAAAUGGGUAGCAAUAUUAGGACUGGUUUGCAGCAGAAAUCUUAUGGAUUUGCAAAUGGGGCCCUAAAUGGUGGUAUGGGGAUGAUGGGGAAUGAUAUACCGCAUGCUAAUGAGCCUGGUACCUCUGAGGGCUAUAUGACUUCCACACAUCAUGUGAAUUCGCCUAAACCAUUGCCACAGCAGUUUGAUCAACAUCAGCGACAACUAAUGCAAGGUGAUGGAUAUGGGAUGAGUAAUGCUGAUUCUCUUGGAUCUGGAAACAUAUAUGGUGCUGUAACAUCUGUUGGAUCAAUGAUGAAUGCCCAGUCUAUGUCCAAAACUAACUCUUCUCUUGUAAAUAAUCAGUCUAAUUUGCAUGCCCCGCAUCAAGCUGGACAUAUAAAGCUUCAAUCACUUGAUCAGUCUGAAAAGAUGAAUUUCCAGUCUUCACUUCAACAGCAGCAACUUCAACAACAUCCUCACCAACAGUAACAACUUCAGCAGCAUCCUCAUCAAUUUCAACAGCAGCAACUUGUUCAACAGCAACGUUUACAGAAGCAGCAAAGUCAGCAGCAUCAGCAUCUGCUGAACAAUGAUGCUUUUGGUCAGUCUCUGCUCAUAUCUGAUCCUAGCAGUCAAGUAAAGCGUGAGCCUGGAAUGGAGCACCAUAAUGAUGUUUUGCACUCACAAACCUCAGACCACUUCCAAAUAUCUGAAUUGCAAAACCGAUUCCAGUAAAUUGUGCUUGGAGACCAUUCUAGGAAUGCGCAGAAUCCCCCUCAUCCAGACCGACAGCAUGACAUGAGCUCAUCAUUGACACAAAAUUCACAGCAAAUGCAACAGAUGUUGCAUCCACAUCAGUUGGUUUCAGAGUCUCAAAAUAAUUUUAAUGGCCUUUCUGUUGGGACACAAUCAGAUUCAGCAUUGCCAGGUCAAUGGUAUCCACAAUCUCAGGACCAGACUCGCAUGCCAGGGAGCAUGUCACAUGAGCAGCAUGUCCGAGAGUAGCUUUUGUGGUGGUGGUGGUUUGAAAAAAGUUGUUUUAUAAAAAGUACUUUUAAUUGAGGUUGGUUUGGAAAAAUAUAUGUUUGGUUAAAACUGUGGUUGAAAUUAAGGUUGAACAAAAAGUAAUUUAAUGUGUUUAGUUAUAAAAAUACUUUUCAAA